AAUGUCCUCUUCCCUUGCUGGUCUGCUGAGACGUUAUGUAUUCCGCGUUUGUCGCGACUAUCAAGCCAGCCCUGAGCUCACUUUCCGACCGCUACGUCAAGGCUGGAUCGUACUGUGGAGAUAGGUCGAAGCCCGACAGUUUCGCCGUCACGUUCCCAAUACUAGCGCUGGUAAGGCUGCAUAUUAUUGGGUUUUUAAGCUGACGUUUGUUUGGCUUGGCAGGUGUUCACGGCUUCGUGUCAGUGGUGCAAACCGUCUACUCAGUCCCGCUAUGCCCGCGGUCAUGGUGGUGGCGAUACUACGAUCCUGUACGUUGUCCUCUCUCAUCGACCGGUUGCCUCGCUGCGAUGAUCCUCUUGGUCAAACGAUGCAUGAACCCAAAGGGACUAGCUUCGCAACAAGGCGAUGUAGUCGUGGAAAGACUUCGUUGGCCUCUUCCGUGCUUACCUCGCGAUUUUGGCACCAAGACGGUGUACGUACCAUUAGCGGGUACGUACUACGGUGCGAUCUUCGCGCAUCCCGUGCGCAACGACAAACAUCUGUGGGAACGUGUUCAUUGCGCGCGCGAUCAUGCUCCUUCACUUUCGUACUCCCGUACAUGCAGCUCGCAGACCGCGAUCCUCGCCCCGCACAGGAGACAGUCAUGUCAUUCCAUCUGCGAGGCCGGCCUGGGUAUUCUAGUCCUCGUAUCAGACUGUACUGCAGUCGGGCCUUAAUUGGCCAGGUGCAUUGCGGUCGGGUCCAACGUCGUUCGUGGCGCCCCGAAGAUGCGAUGCGACAGCUCGAGGAGGGGAGGGUCUGACUGGACGAUGUCUGCACCUUGGGGACCGAGUGGACGCCUAUUGCUCCCUGUGUUGAUCUCUAUCGCAUCCGCUGCGCCCAUCGCUUUGAGGUACCCAUAUCCCUCGGCCAUCAUGAGUAGUAGGCGCUCUCCAUGACCGCCCUCU